ACCACUCACACCCACGCACACAGCUAUAAUUCAGGAGGCUCUGACAUAGCCUUUCACCCGCUCUUCUCCAGACAAUUUAGCAGGGCAAGCUCAAAUCGCCGGCAGAUUGGGCGGAGGCCAGUCUAACUACAAGACGUGCCCAAACUCGGAAACACCUAUUUUAACCUUUGUUCUUCUUUCAAGCGGUCGGGCUACAACAUUCUCAACCAACACGUCGCUUAAGUGCAUAAGCAAUGGCGUUGUUCGCUGAAAUAUUAGCCUUGGAGUGGAUGGACACUAGAUGUGUAUUUAUAUUCUUCUUGGUGUUCCUGCUCCUUGCUGAUUAUUUAAAGCACAGAGUCCCGGCUGAUUUUCCUCCGGGACCCUGGGCUAUCCCUUUCAUCGGGGACGUCCACCGAAUCAAGUCCAGCCAAAUUCAUCUGCAGUUCGACAAGUUUGCUGAGAAAUAUGGACCCAUUUUUAGUCUUCGAAUGAUGGGUGGAAGGGUCGUGGUUGUCAACGGAUACAAGCUUGUGAGGGAAGCCUUGGUCGAGAAAGGCGAAGACUAUGUGGAUCGCCCAACUGAACCAUUGUUUGAAGAGUUGAUUGGAAAUAAAGGUUUGGUGAGUUCUAAUGGCUACCAAUGGAGGCAGCAGAGGAGAUUUGCCCUGCACACACUCAGAAACUUUGGUUUGGGUAAAGUUAGUCUGGAACCGUCCAUCCAGCAGGAGUGCCAGUACCUGACUGAGGUCUUUGCUCAACAGGAAGGAGCUCCCUUCGAUCCUAAAAUGGCACUGACCAAGGCGGUGUCCAAUAUCAUCUGCUGUUUGGUGGUUGGGAAACGCUUUGAGUACACUGAGAAGAAGCAUCAGACUAUGAUUGAGAACAUGAAUGACCUGUUUUACCUUUCAGGACAAACAUGGGCGCAGGUGUUCAACAUGUUUCCAUGGCUGAUGAGACAUAUGCCCGGACCUCACAAGAAGAUAUUUUCUUUGACGCGUUCAAUUAUAUCCUUUAGUGAAGAGCAGAUCAAAGAGCACAGAGUGGAUCAUGACCCCUCAUCACCCAGAGACUAUAUCGACUGCUUUCUCACAGAAAUGGACAAGAAUGAGGAUUCCAAAUCGGCAUUUGACAUCGAGAACCUGUGUGUUUGUACACUGGACCUAUUUGCUGCUGGGACUGAAACCACCAGCACCACGCUGCACUGGGGACUGCUAUUCAUGUCCUACUACCCUGACAUACAAAAAAAGGUCCAGGCUGAACUAGAUACGGUAAUUGGCACAUCCAGGCAGCCCAGCUGGCCUGACAGAGAGAGCACUCCCUAUAUUAAUGCCGUCAUACAAGAGACUCAAAGGAUGGGAAACAUCUUACCGCUCAAUCUUAUCCGUGUAACUAACAAAGAAACCCACCUUGGAAAGUACACCAUCCCAAAGGGUACCAUGGUGAUGGCCACCCUGAACUCGGUUCUUCAUGAUGAGUCUAUGUGGGAAACGCCCGACUCCUUCAACCCUCAACACUUCCUGGAUAAGAACGGCCAGGCUAGAAAGAGAGAGGCCUUCCUGCCCUUUUCAGCUGGGAAGCGGGUGUGUCUUGGGGAACAGCUGGCCAGGAUGGAGCUGUAUCUUUUCUUCACCUCCCUCCUUCAGAGGUUUUCUUUCUCUGCCCCCCCUGGAGAAAAGCUCAGUCUGGACUACAUAUUAGGCGCCACGCACUGUCCCAAGCCCUUUCGCCUUUGUGCCACACCACGUUGAAGACGAUAUCCUUCCCUAUGAUUAAACCUCUAGCAUCAUAGCCAAUAUGUUAUAAUCAAUUGCGUGCUGCCAUUUUGAGAACACGAUGUGAGCCUGAGAGACUUUUACUAAUUGUGUUGUAAAGGUCUAAUGAAUGAAUGAUGAAUAUAUUUCCGUGCUAAUUUCCAGAAUGUUAAUGCGCGGUGAUGAUACGCUCACAUUUUCUUCAGUAGUUAUUUUUACGUUUUUUGCAGUGUAACAUUAUUAAAUAAGCCAAAUAAGGUAACAAAAUUGACUUGGAAGAUGUUAAUAAUUACAUUUAACCUGAAGUGUGAUUGUAGAAAUGUGUUAACAAGUUGACCUUUUUAGUAAAAUGACCUUAUUCUCAUCGAUACAAUUUUUUCUCUCCAAAAAGCCUAUAUAUUCCUUAAAUAAAAUGUUUAGAUUGAUAAAACAAAAAAUACACACAAAUCCGUCACACUUGUUGUCACUUGUUCUUCUUAUCUAAACAGUCUGUAACAGACUGUAGACAGUGAUUAUUAUAGGGUUCAAAAGUAAAAAGUAUAGUACAUGAUUAAAGUUUUAUUCUGGCGAAAAUUGAACCCAGGGUCAUUGUGUUGCCAAAUGAAACCCAUCAAAUAAGCCAUCAAGAAACCUUCUUCAUGGAAAAUCGAGUAUUAGAGAUUGCCCGGCGCAAUGUUUGGCUUCCAUGUCAUUGGCUUGGGGCAGUAAGUUUCGCUUCCAAAUCGGCAUCUUUGAGCCACUAAUAUUGCUAAAAAAUAGCACCAAACCUACCACCACCGGACUGCCGGCAGUCUGGCCGCCGGCCUGCCAUCGAGCUACUCCCGCCGGACUGCAGCCGAAGCUUCAGCGGCAGUCCGGCAGCUCAGCUCCCGGAGUACAAUCCCUUUCACCUCCAUGUCGCGGUUCAUGGACUUCAGAGAGUCAAGGCCAAAGCUCCUUUCCUCCAAUUCUUCUCAACCAUGGCCGAGAUAUCCCCCACUACGACUCUUUACUUGUUGCGGAAGUACCAGAGACGUCAGACCAUAGGCGUAAUUUACGGGGGGGUUAGAGGGGUUAUAACCCCCUCAAUAAUCAGAUCCAGCUAAUAUAACCCCCUCAAUAUCAUCACACAUAAUUCAGAUGAACAAAAAAAUGAAAUAUUCUGAAUUAAUACCUUGUUUGUUUUCUUUAUUAAUUUAAUUUGUCAGCAAGAUAGUAUCAUGUUUUGAUAAUCUGUAAUGUACCCCCCCCCCCCCCAGCCCACCGACUACUUGGUAUUACCCAAACUAUUUCGCAAGGUCGCUGGGAUGAAUAGUAAGAGAAGACUAAUGCUAACUGUACAUGAAUGGAUAUGAAAAGGACACUGAAAGGCAGCCAGGGCCAGACAACAAUUUUUAAUUGUUGGUCGUCAAAGGAGCCAAAAGCCAAAAGGAGUAAAAAUCCUGACGAUAAGGAGGUAAAUACCCGUAUUGUUAAGUUAGGUGUUAUCAUCCACUCUAUAUUUUUUCACUACCUGAAUAGUUUACGCCUCCAUUUAAAGUGGAGAGGGACCUUCACUUUCCCCAUACAAACCCUCAGAAUAAAGAGGUAUCAGUGGAGAAACAAAAUAAUUUUCGAUUGAGAGCAUAAUUUCACAUUCAAACAGUAUCGUUGGUGUGCUAUGUGCAGUAAAACCAGACGAUCUGAAUAAUUCCUGAUUCAUGCCAGAUAUUUAUUUCCCGCUUUGUAAGAGCUAGCUAGCUAACUAUGUGAACUUUAUAUGAUUGCUACGUUGUAAUGGCAGCGAUAGACGUCCUCAAACUAAGAUUCUAGAGCCCACUGCCUCAAACGUACUCGGUUACGGGUGGGUAAAAUGCAAUGUGAGUACAGAGACCAAAUUGCUGUUUGCUCCCAUACAGUCACAGUUUUUUGGGGGAAUGCAUUAAUUUACUUAGAGAUGUCAUCCAUUGACAGCUAGUUCCUGUGGGCUAGUUCAGAGGUUACAGCACUCCUUUUGAGCGUGCACUCCUGUACUGUACACACACAUACACACACACACAACGGUUAAUGACGGUGCAUGUGAGUGUGGACCUCUUAACUAAGAAGUCAAUUUGUGCACAGUUCAUUUCUUUUACACCAAGACGCAAACAGGUGUUUGGUGCUUUUAUGUGAAAUGCUUUUAUACUUCUUUUGUAUUUACCUGCUUUUGUUUAGAUGUUGAUAGUUUGAGCUGGUGAUGCCCGACAAUAUGUUUAUUGAAUUGUGCAUUUGUAUUGAAUUGUGUGAAUUUGCUGGAUGUAGGUGUCAAUAAUACAGUGAUGCAAUUGAUUAAUCUUUAA